AUGGGGAAUGGGACAGCUGUCCGGGAAUUUACCCUGGAGGGAUUUCCUGCUGCCCAGCACCUGGGGAAGCUGCUCUUCUCAGUGCACCUGCUGGCAUACCUGGCCUCCAUGACCAGCAAUGUGCUCAUUGUCUCCACUGUUUGUAUCAGUGCCCGCCUGAAAACCCCCAUGUACUUUUUCCUCAGUAUCUUCUCCGUCUUCGAGUGUUGUUUCACCACUGCGGUUAUUCCGAAGUUGUUGGCUAUAUUUCUUUUAGGGAAGCAGACGAUUUCUUUUGUUGCCUGCUUCGUACAAGCCUUCGUCUUUGUAUUUAUCAGGGCCUCUGGCUUUCUUCUCAUCGCUGUGAUGUCAGUGGACAGGUGUGUGGCCAUUUGCAAGCCUCUGCAUUACGCCACCAUCAUGAACCUGAGGACUUGCAUCCUCCUCGUCGUGGCCUGCCUUGCUGUGACCUUCACCCUUAUCACUUGGGUAGUAGUAAAGGUGUCACGGUUAUCCUUCUGUGGCCCCCGUGUCAUCCCACACUUCUUCUGUGACCUCGGCCCUCUGAUCCACCUCUCCUGUUCUGACACCAGAUCUACUGAAGCUCUGACCUUUGGCCUUGCUUUGAUCAUCCUUCUCUCUUCCUUCAUCAUAACCAUCACUGCAUACAGCAACAUAGUAGUUACAAUUGUGCAUCUCCUGUCAGCCAAGGAGAGACAGAAAGCCUUCUCCACCUGCUCAUCCCACCUCAUCGUCCUCUCCCUGAUGUACAGCAGCUGCGUGUUUAUAUAUGCGAAACCGAAGCAAAUGAGCAGGCUUGAAUCCAACAGAGAGGCUGCUCUCGUGAACACAGUGGUGACGCCUCUGCUGAACCCCAUCAUCUACACCCUGCGCAACAAGCAGGUCCAUCAGGCUCUGAGGGAGACUCUGUGCAGAAUGAAAAUAUCAAGAUAG